AUUCCUUUGAGAUAGGGUGCUCUGCUCUUCCGCACCAUUUGAUCCGAAAUUCGACGUCAAAGAUUCCAGCUUCCCCUAUCUCCAAAUCGUUCUCGUCCCCUCCCUAUUGUCAGAGGAUCCGAAUCCAUUUUUAACAACUCAAAUGUUGUUUUGGUUCCUCUCUAGUUAUACACAAGCAGCUAACAAAUCAAUAUCAGCACGUUCUACCCUCCUACAAAAGUAGGGAAACUUUCUACUGCUCAAGUGGUAGGUUCCUCUCUAGUUAUACACAAGCAAGCAGCUAACAAAUCAAUAUCAGCACGUUCUACCCUCCUACAAAAGUAGGGAAACUUUCUACUGCUCAAGUGGUAUUGAUCCAUCUUUCUUAAUUUCCCUCUAAUUCAACAUACUAUCACAACUGAUGAAGCUUUAAAAUAUCAGUUUGGGUUGAAUUCAUGUGGGCAUAAUGCUAGCUCUUGGUGUUUGGCCUCUGAAAAUUGAUUCUUCGAAGGUAUAUCAUUCGGAUUUGGAACAGGGUUUAUCCCCAAAUUCAAUUUCCAGAAGGGGGUUUCUCGAAAGACUAGACCUUGCUCCCACUAGUGUAUUGUUUGUAUCAAGAAUUUCUGAGUCUCGGUUCAAUUUUCUUAGAUUUUACGGCCCACAAAAACAUUGUAUUGGCUCAUUUUCAGCAUUACCCUUACUGUCCGAGGAACAAGCAACCAUCUGUACCACUUCUGAACAAGAUCAACGGUCACGGAGCCGGGUUACCAAGUCAACUCAGGCUGAGGCAGGAAUUAUUAAGGGUAAGAGAACAAGAGUGAGGAUUGAUGUUAAAGAACUUGCACAGAGAUUGCACACAGCCAAGAAUGCAGACGAUGUUGAAGAUAUUCUAAAGAACAAUGAUGAACUUCCCCUCCAAGUGUACUCAACUUUAAUUAAGGGUCUUAGUAGAAACAAUAGGCUAGAUUCUGCAGUCUCACUUGUUGAGUGGUUAAGAAGAAGAAGAAGAAAGAAAGACACUUCUUCUACUGUUCUUCCGAAUCUUUUCAUCUACAACAGUCUCUUAGGAGCAGCAAAAGAGGCUGAAAAGUAUGACGUGGUUGACAAAGUAAUAGAGGACAUGUCCUCAGCUGCAAUUAAUCCCAAUAUUGUGACAUAUAACAUUCUAAUGAGUUCAUAUAUACAGAAAGGUCAAGAACUCGAAGCUCUCAAUCUUUUCUAUGAGAUACCGAACAAGGGUUUAUCUCCAAGCCCUGUUUCCUAUUCCACGGCAUUAUUUGCUCACCGAAGACUCCAAGACGCGUUUGGGGCCGUGAAAUUGUUCACAGAACUGAGAGACAAGUAUCAUGGCAAGGAUGAGUUUCCCAAGCUUGAGAAUUUCACCACCCGAAUAUGUUACCAGGUGAUGAGACAGUGGAUGUCAAAGAGGGAAAAAUCAAGCACAGAUAUAUUGAGACUAAUGAUAGAAAUGGAUAAGGUGGGGCUUCAGCUUGGGUGUGUAGAAUCUGAGCGCCUCAUCUGGGCAUGUACGCGUGAAGAACAUUACUCAAUUGUUAAAGAGCUCUACCAAAGGAUAAGAGAGAGAGACUCCGGAAAUAUUAGCUUAACUGUUUGCAACCACGUGAUCUGGCUAAUGGGGAAAACCAAAAAAUGGUGGGCAGCUCUUGAAGUAUAUGAAGACUUACUGCUUAAAGGGCCAAAACCAAACCAGUCCUCUGAUGAGCUUAUAGUGUCACAUUUUGAUGUUCUUCUCAGUGCAGCCAGGAAAAGAGGAAUAUGGAAAUGGAGCAUUAGGUUACUCAAUAAGAUGGAAGAGAAAGGGAUCAAACCGCGAAGUAAGGAAUGGAAUAAUGUCCUUGUGUCAUGUUCAAAGGCUUCGGAAACAUCAGCUGCCAUAGAAAUAUUCAAGAGAAUGGUGGGAAACGGUGAAACCCCGACUAUCGUAUCCUACGGGGCCUUACUAAGUGCCCUAGAGAAAGGGAGGCUUUAUGAUGAGGCGGAUCGGGUAUGGAAACACAUGGCAACAGUAGGUGUAAAAGCAAAUUUGUACACCUACACAACCAUGGCUGCGAUCUACAGCGCCCAGAGUAAAUCCAAUGCGGUAAACUCCAUCAUCCGGGAAAUGGUGACACUCGGGAUUGAUCCAACAGUAGUCACGUUCAAUGCUGUUAUCAGUGCUUGUAUACGGAAUGGUAUGGGGAGUGCAGGGUAUGAAUGGUUUCAAGAAAUGAAAGCUGCAAACAUAAGCCCUAAUGAGGUGACCUAUGAAAUGCUGGUUGUGGGGCUUGCUAGUGAUGGUAAGCCGAGGAUGGCCUUUGAGCUGUAUGUUAGGGCUCUCCGCGAGGGUAUGGUUCUUUCAGCGAAGGCUUAUGAUGCUGUCAUCCGUUCUUCAUUGCUACAUGGACUUACUAUUGAUGUUACCACUCUUGGGCUCCGGCCAGUGGAAAAACAUAGAAAUGUGCAAAGUAGAAACUCUUUGAUGGAGAAGAUAAAAUGAGGAUGAAGAUGUUUAGGGGGAAGGGAAUGGGAGGCUGCAAUGGAAAAUGGGAGAGAAAGAGGAGAAAAGGUUGGAUUGCCAUGAGAAAGGGAGAGGAGAUGAGCUAUUUAUACCGGGAUACACAAGGUGCAAGCCCUUGUGCACACAUAUCUUUUUUCUUUUGUCAACCUGAUGGUUAGUACACUAAAUUUUGAUGUGCUAUGUCCUAAUGAAUUCUUAUUUAGACGUUAAUAAAUACUACCUCCGUCCCAUUGGAAGGUUUCCAUAGCAAAACGGCACAGUUAUUUAGACAAUAAUUAAAUAAAGUACUUCGAGUAUAUUUUGAGAAAUAAUUUUAAUGGGUAUAUACUAAGUAUUAUAAUGUAGUUAGUAUUGAUAACUAUGAUGUUAUGAUUGUAUUAUUUUUAAUAUUUAAUGAUUAAUUUGUCACUUAAGGUUUUUAAUUGUUUCCUAAAAUGAAUAUGAGAACCUUUAUAUGAGACGUCCAAAAAAGGAAAGUGGGAACCUUCUAAUGGGACGGAGGGAGUAGUAUUCUACUAACAUAUCUUUAGAAAGUGCAUGUGUACGCGAAUCUAUUACUCAUCCAACUAUCCAAGCAUCAAUAAGUGAGUUGAAACACUACAAGAACAAGACAUACGCUUUGAAUUAUGCAUAAAACUAUUGUAGUAGUAUUAUAUAUUCGAGCAUACUCCAAUUAUGCAUAAAAAUAUUAUUUGGAAAAUUAAAUUUUAUCGUGAGUGUUUAUUACAUUUAAGCAAAAAUUAAUUGAUCAUUCUUACUCAAAAUAGUCCGAAAAUGGAUUCAUUUAGCAAAUUGUUUUUGGUGUUAGUGAUAACAAUCUAAAACAAUGUUAAUAUAAUUGUUGAAACAUUUGAGAAAUGGUCGAGGGAAUCCAAGACUCUCUUUCAUUUCCUACUGCAUAUUGCAGCAGGAAAUCUUACUGUUUCUUAUCGCAGAAGGAAAUCUUACUGUUAAAAAAUGUUAAAUGGUUACUGUUUUUUAUGUGAGCCCAUAUUGCAGAAGUGGAAGAAAGAAUGUGGUUAGCUUAUAUUUUCAAAAAGUUGUCUCUGUUUUCUACCACAUAAACAUGGUCUACAUUUUUUGUUUUGAUUUAGUUAAUAAUGGUAUUUAUAAUAUCAGUUAUUUUGUGUAAAACAGUACAUUUACAACAAAAGAUACCUGGAUAGGCUGCCUAGGCAGUAGAUUACAUUCUACUAACCUUACUAAUGCCAAACAGAUCCUCCAAUUCGUUGAAUACUUUUUCUACCUACUUUUACUCGAAUACUUUCCAUUUUAUUGCCUCUGAAUUGUGGUCACAUUGUUCAUUUCCACACUCCAAACAUUAUAUUUUUUCUAAUUAACCCUUUCUGUGUCUUGGUUUUGAAAAUAAGUUGACACAGAUUGUCCCUAAAAAAUGAACUAUAUUUUUGUUUCGAGACUACAAUUUUGGAUUCCAAUUACCAACCACUUUUAACUUGAAGCCAAUAAAAUAUUACUUUCCUUUAAUGUAUUCUAAGAUUUUACUUAGUCCAAGCGAGUCUUGUCCAAGUUGAUAAGUUAUAUUUUAUGUAAAUAAUGUAUGCAGAGCUCUAAAUACUUUUAGUAUACAGUUUUCAUCAUUUGUAUUGCCUUGUUUUUCUCUUUUUCUUGAAUUUUCGCUCAGUGUGGACAUAUAUAACAAAAAAUUUCAACCGAUUUAUUUAUUUCACUUACUUUUUCAGUUGCUCGUUGUAUACAUGCUCUGUGUUCUCUAAUGUCCUCUAAAAUUGAAAAUUCAGAUUUAAUACUUUGUAAUUAUUUACUCUUUUUUAGUUAUAGAUAGGCGAGAUUCCUCUUUACAAUUAUACACAGUAAUAUUUAUUUAGUAAUCAACAACCACCACCCCCUUCGAUGCUAACAGAUAAGGUUUUAACAAGUCGUAUUGCGCUUUCGCUCUUCUCUUCAUCGGUCAUGGUCACAGAUUUCCACUCUCAAGUAAUGGUCUGCAUAUACUAACCCAAAAAUGUUAAAAAAUACAGAUGUAGAGGUUGACAUUGGGUAUGUCGUAUUACUGUUGUAGCAUAAAUGGAAAUGCACAUCGGUAUUCAGUACCCUGCUAAUUCCAUUUCCAGGGUUAAACAGUAAAGCUGCCUUAAAUUAAAGGUAUUUCUGUGCAUUUAGGGUACCAGAUUCACCAUUUCAGGCUUCAUUUUGUUUGUGUAGUGUCCUUACAAAUACAAGUUGACUAUAAUAUAGUGACAUAUAUACCAUUCGAUAUGUUGUACCUAUAUGAUGUUAGUAGAAUUUUUAAGAACUGUUUAUAAAGUUUUAUAUAGGGAUAGAGAAGAACAAGUUUAUUAAUAAAAUGGUGGUACCGAUCCAGCUUUGGUCUUCUUUGCAUGAAAUAAGGAGUCAUAUAAUUUCUACAGUCUUUUAGAUUCCUCUUCGAACCUAGCUCUAGAUUUUCUACAAUCCUUGACGUUAAUUUAGAGUAGUUGUUUUCCUAGAAGAAAAUGUAAGAUCAUAUUUCCGGUUUUCAAUUUUUCCCUUAAGUAAUACUCCGUAGAAAACUAGAAAGCAAAAAGUGAUAAUGAGCCCAUAGUUUCUCAUUUUCUUCAGUUUCCUGUCAUGUUUUUUCUAAACCAUUACCAUUUUAGUGUCACAUGUCACCCUGACAGAUGAAAAGAAAGCACUUCCUAUUUCUUUUCUGCAGGUUAGCUUGAGGGGACCUCGUCAUCUUGGUCCUGAUGAUGAACUAAUGGAGAUAAUGGGGUCUCCUUCGCGGUUGGUGGAGUUGGGCAGCUACACUAUAUUUGGACGUAUUGUGAUUGGUUCUAGGCUUCUAGCAUUGCUCCAACUGUGGUUCAGUUUAUCUACUGCAAAGCAUUGCAUGGGUAACUUCCAUUUAAGAUGGCAGUGGAGUUCGCAGGUGACUGUGUGAGUUUGGCGUUCAAUGAGGAGAAGCUUACGUAUGUCGUUUAUGUCGUCUGUGGCCAGCUUGUAUUUCUAGAACUAUAGAAGCUUGGCUUUAAAAGAUAUGGAAGUGUUUGUCUACGUAUUAUAUGGUAUGUCAUGUGAAAAGGUACUUGUUAAAUAUUACUCGUAAAUCACUUCUAUUUUUGGCAUUUGUGCAAAACUGUUACUAAAACCGAUAAUUGUGUUGUGCCUAUAUGAAGUGUACUUCAAUUCUACAAAUAAAUUCA